UUAUCCCAUCUGGAAACCCAAUCCCAAAAACAAGGCCAAAGCGCAAGCUCCAGGCUCAUAGAGUGAGGCUACGAGAGUAAAAAAAUAAAAAAUAAAAAAAUAAAAAAAUAAAAAAAAUGGCAAUUGGUGUAAUUCUCAGAGCUCUAAAAAGACGAAUUGAUCCCAACCCAAAAUCACAAAUUUUCUCUCUUGCAUCAGCUUCAAGAUCAGUUAGUACGUUGGUGUUGGCUGAACAUGAAGGUGGUGCUGUAAAAGCCCCAUCCAUUAGUGCAGUGGAGGCUGCAAAGUCUUUAGGCGAUGACAACUCAAUUUCGUUGCUGUUGGCUGGCUCUGGCUCUUCGCUAAGUGAAGCUGCUGCUCAUGCUGCUUCAUGCCACCCUUCAGUUUCUCAGGUUCUUGUAGCUGAUUCGGAUAAAUUUGCACAUCCUUUAGCAGAAUCCUGGGCUAAACUAGUUCAUUUGGUUCAGCAAAAAGGCAGCUACUCACAUGUAAUUGCCACUUCAAGUUCAUUUGGCAAAAACAUACUCCCGCGGGCAGCUGCUCUCUUAGACGUCUCUCCAAUUACCGAUGUUAUUGAAAUUUCUAGCUCCCAUCUAUUUGUCAGGCCAAUAUAUGCUGGUAAUGCACUUUGUACUGUUAAAUAUACUGGUGGUGGCCCAUGCCUGUUGACUAUUAGAUCAACAUCUUUUCCAGUGUCCCCUCUCUUAGCUGACUCAAAAUCUAAUGAAGCUCCUAUCUCCCAAAUUGAUCUCUCCACCUUUGGUGAAGAUUCUAUCGGCAAUUCUAGAUUUGUAAAGGUCACAUCUCAAGAUUCAGAACGCCCUGAUCUUGCAAAUGCCAAUGUAGUGGUUACUGGCGGGCGUGGGCUGAAAAAUGCUGAAAACUUUAAAAUGAUCGAGAAACUUGCAGAGAAACUUGGUGCAGCUGUUGGGGCAACCCGUGCUGCGGUUGAUUCAGGAUUUGUUCCUAAUGACUUGCAGGUUGGCCAAACGGGAAAGAUAGUUGCCCCGGAGUUGUACAUAGCUUUUGGUGUAUCUGGAGCCAUUCAACACUUAGCCGGCAUGAAAGAUUCCAAGGUUAUUGUUGCUGUAAACAAAGACGCAGAUGCACCUAUAUUUCAGGUUGCUGAUUACGGUCUGGUAGGUGAUCUUUUUGAGGUGAUUCCAGAGUUGCUGGAGAAGCUUCCUGAGAAAAAGUAAACUUGUGACUUGAACAAGUUAAUGAAAAUGCAAAAAAAGAUUGCAAACGUGUUGUCCACAAAGAAGAACUCUCAAAUUCAUAACCAAUAAUAAUCAUAAAUUCAAAUGUCC